UCCCGAAGGGCUCUGCUUCCAACUCUCUCCCCCCCGCCUCUGUCUCUGGCAGAGUGGUGUUUUUGUUGUUGGUGAAAGGUGAGGGGAACAGCUGAUCUCCUGGUGGGGACUGAGCUAUCUGAGAAGGUAUCAUGGAGGAGUCAUUGCUCAGCCGAACCCCACCCCGGGGUGCGGUCACUUUUCUGAAUGUGGCUAGGACCUAUAUCCCCAACACCAAGGUGGAAUGUCACUACACCCUGCCCCCAGGCAUUGUGGCCAAUGCCAGCGACUGGAUUGGCAUCUUCAAGACAGAGGCCUCCUCAGUCCGAGAUUAUCACACCUUUGUCUGGUGCGUGAUCCCUGAAGGUGCAGCUGAAGGCUCUGCAAUUCACUCCAGUGUCCAGUUCCAAGCCAGCUACCUGCCCAAGCCAGGUGCUCAGUUCUACCAGUUCCGCUAUGUAAACCACAAAGGCCGAGUGUGUGGUCAGAGCUCCUCGUUCCAGUUUCGGGAACCAAGGCCCAUGGAUGAACUGGUGAUGUUGGAGGAAUCCGAAAAUGGUUCUGAUAUCCUGCUUGUUGUCCCCAAGGCAACGGUGCUGCAGAAUCAGCUAGAAGAAAGCCAGCAGGAACGGAAUGACCUGAUGAGGCUGAAGUUGCAGUUGGAAGGGGAGGUGGCGGAACUGAAGAGCAGGGUGCAGGAGCUGGAGACCGUGCUGCAGGUCACCAAGGAGGAGCAGACCAAGCUGAUGGAGAAGUACAAGGGGUUAGCACGUGCCCAUGGGGAGCUUAAAGAAGAACGGGAUGUUCUGAGCAAACAACAGGGAGAUCAUGUGGCUCGGAUCCUGGAACUGGAGGACGACAUCCAUGCCAUCAGUGAGAAGGUGCUGGAGAAGGAGGUGGAGCUGGACAGGGUCAAAGACACAGUGAAAGCCUUGACUCAGGAGCAGGAGAAGCUUCUGGGGCAGCUGAAGGAAGAACAAGCAGACAAGGAGCAAAGCCAGGCUGACCUGCAAGCUUCACAGGUGGAGUGCUGUCGCCUGAGUACAGACCUGCAGAAGGCCAAAAGCCAUCAGGAUCAGCAGGCCUCUGAGCUCCAAAGACUGCAGGAAGAGGUUACCCGGACUCAGAAUCUGUUGGAUGAGGCCCAGCAGCACAUUGCUGAACUGGAGCCCCUGAAAGAGCAGCUUCGAGGGAGCCAGGAGCUUGCAGUCUCAAGCCAACAAAAGGCUGCUCUGCUUGGAGAAGAGCUGGCCAGCACAGCAAGUGCCAGAGACCGGACCAUGGCCGAGCUCCACCGAAGCCGGCUCGAGCUAGCUGAGGCUAACAACAGGUUGAUGGAGCUGAGUCUGCAGUGGAGAGAAGACAAGGGUUCAUGGAGCAAGGAGCGGACAGGACUUCUGCAAAAUGUAGAGGCAGAGAAGGAUAAAAUCCUAAAACUGAGCGCCGAAGUCCUGAGACUGGAGAAGGCUGUGCAAGAAGAGAGGACCCAGAGACAAGGGCUCAAGGCCGACCUGGCUCAAGAGAAGGAUUCCAGCCUGGUGCAGCUGUCAGAAAGCAAGAGAGAGCUAACAGAGCUUCGGUCAGCCCUUCGAGUGUUUCAGAAGGAAAAGGAGCAGCUACAAGAGGAGAAGCAGGAACUGCUUGAAUACAUGAGGAAGCUGGAGGCCCGCCUAGAAAAAGUGGCCGAUGAGAAGUGGAGUGAGGAUGCAGCCACCGAGGAUGAAGAGGCAACUCUCGGCUACACUACAGCAGUGCUUUCAGACUCAGAGGAUGAAUACCCAGAGGACAUGAGGCUCCCUGCCCAUGGGUUGUGUGAGCGAGGAGGCCCUGGCUGUAAUCCCUCUGGACCCCGAGACACCCCCGCUCACGUGGUCAUCAGCCAGCCAUCCCCCAUUGCUCCUCACACAACAAGGCUCCAUGAUGACAGUAGCUCUGACUCAGAGGCAGAGGAUGAAAAGGCAGUGCUGAUGGCAGCAGUGCAGAGCGGAGGGGAGGAGGCCAGCCUGCUGCUUCCCGAGCUGGGCAGCGCCUUCUAUGAUGUGGCCAGCACCAUCUUCCGUGGAGCCCAAAUUGUCUUGCACCCCCUCUCUCCUGCCCUUUCCCCCCCCCACGCUGGCAGUGGCUUUGUUGGGGGCCCCCUUUCCGAGGCCAGCCCAGGGGGCCCUGACGCCCCGCCUUGGAAGGAGUGUCCCAUAUGUAAGGAACAGUUUCCUGAGGGUGACAAGGAUGCCUUGGAGGAACACGUGGAUGGACACUUCUUCUUCAGCACCCAGGAUCCUUUUACCUUUGAGUGAUAAACACACGCACACACACACACAUACACAGAGUUUGUGGCAAACUGGGUUUCAGGCCAUCAGGACCCCUAAGAAAUCCUCCACACCACUCCAUUUCCACUUAUUCUGACCUUGAGUCCACGACAAGGCUCUCUUAUGGAACACUGAUGGAAAUGGGCGCUCCUCCCCCAACCAAACAAAAUGCCACCCAACGGUUUGAGGGAUACUCUAGUGUCCUGGUUCUUUUCCAUGUGAGACACCAAGGCUCCCCUCCCCUUCCCAGACCACCAUUGUUUAUACCUACCCCCCUCAAAACAGUUUGACUUCUGUUGGGUCGGUGUUCCAAAGCCAACUUGUGGAACACCCCUUCCUCCCAGGGUUCCCAUUUGGGGUUUAUACUUGUUACCCGAGUUCUAUCUCUAGUUUUCAUGGAGGCAGGAAAAUCCAUGACUCUCCCAGCUCUCACCUUCAUCUCUGUUCCCUUACUAUCUUUCCCUAAUUUGUCCGUAUGAUUAGACAUUAAGUUUCGGUUUCUUUUGGAAGUAAAGACCCCCUGCACCAAUUCUUCCUUUUCCUGCAGUAUCCUCUUACUCCACAUAGAAAGAAAAAUUCAUCUGUGCCUUUUGUGUUGGAGGGGAGGGGAGCAGCUGAAACCAAGUAUUUCCAUCUGGCCUGUCCUCAUCCCCCUUGACAGCAAUAAGAUAGUCUUCCCUAACACCCUCCAUGUCACCACCACCAUCCUCCCCCACACCCCUCCCAAGUUGUGUAGCAUGGGCAGAGAUAUUUAUAUGACAUGUAUACUAUUCUAAUAAAAAGUGUUCUUACCA